AUGUUCUUGCUAAGAUACAAAUUUCUAGAAAACAUUUUUCCACUAUGCUGGGACAAUGCAAUUUUCUGCGUCUUGGCGCGUUCGUCUCAAGUCCCAUUGUCAAUAUGGCAGCUCUUCGGUGUUCGGCAUUUGGUACUGGGUAUUCAGUAUUGGGUAUUUGAGAGUCUCUGGUUUGGUCAUUCACAUUAUCGUUGCAUGUGCCGAGAGGUAACCCCGCAUGGGUGUGUUCGUUCAUCUUUAUUUCUUGUGCGUGCAAAAAUUCAACAAUUGCUGAAAUUGAAACUUUUGCCUCUUGCCGCCGUUGUUGCCACACGCAGAAACAUUGAAAGAAAACUUUUAGACAUGGUGAAAAUCGUAAAAAUAAAAUAA